AUGCAGAGUGAAGGUGACAUGCGGCAGCAGCAGGCUGACAUACGGCACAGCGUGCACAAAGGCGGUGCAGGAGUGCACGAGUCCAUUAUCGUUCCCCUUACCCCAGCCGUGCAUGCAUGCUGCACAGGAGUGCAGGCGCCCUAUAUGGUGGUCCUUCUCCCCACCCCUGCCACCCCUCUCGUCUGUCAAAACUCUGUGCUCAUCUGGGCUCCCCUCAUCCCCCCCAUACCACUCGAUACCUCUUCCAUCCUCAUCAUUUGCUCCUUUGGUAUCAUCUCCUUCCUUGCCCCCGUCCGCUUCCUCUUCCUCCUCUUCUUCCUCCUCCUCUUCCUCCUCCCCCUCCUCCUCCUCCUCCUCCUCCUCCUCCUCCUCCUCCUCCUCCUCCUCCUCCUCCUCCUCCUCCUCCUCAUCCUCCUCCUCGUCUUCUUCCUUUUCCUCCUCAUCCUUUCCCUCAUCGUCUCCCUCCUCUUCCCCCUCCUCAGUCUCCUCGUCUUCCUCCCUCUCCUCCAUUAUAAUCUCCUCAACCUCCUCUCCUUCUCCUUCCUCCCCCUCUCCGCUCCCCACUUCCCCACUCCUUGGCUCGAUAGCAAAAAACUGACGCACCCCUCUUUCUCCUCCUCGCCCAGCCUCCCCUCCCCAGGUCCCUCCACCAGAACCACAUCGCUAUCCUCCUCUUCUAAAUGUCUCCCUCUCUCCCCUCCCUCCCCUCCUUCCUCUCCCUCCUCCCUCUGCCCCCUCACCCUCAACCUUUCCGCCUCCUCUUCACCAUCCAGCCGACCACAAGCCCCCUUGCUCCGACUACUCUUCCUCCCUCGUGCUCCUCCCUUUCUCCCACCCAUCCCACGCUUCAGUGCAAAACCCUUUGACACUCCACCCACUCCUCGAUUCCUCCUCGAUCUCCCUGCUCCUUUCUUACCCUGUUGA